AUGGGGUCGUACUGUGCAUCGUCAUAUCAAGAUGGUCCGAGGACGGGAAGAAGCUCUAGCUCCACCAACAGUGAUACUUCGGAUCGCUCGAAGAGCACGGUCCCUACGAUCUACAGCGAUCGGCCCACUUCGAAGCGGAGAGACACGGUGGAGAUUUACGUGAAAGAUCCUAGAGAUUCAAUAUCAACCUACGCGUCAACGGUGCCUUCAGCCGAGGACCUUCCCGAGAAGCCAUUCUACGAGGUAGUCGAUCGGACGCUGGAGAUAUUUCCCACCGAUGUGAUUCCCUCUAAUCCGUCCACGUUCGCAGACCUAUUCCCGUCCCCCCGGCGACUACUCAUCCGCCACGAUGAUGCGACCCUGGAUGGGAACAUGAACCUCCGGAUAGACACUAUGGUGCCCGGGCGAGGACGAUGCCAGCAAGAAGUAACCUUGUUCCAUCUGCGCAUGUAUGACUUGUUCUCGAGAAAGUUUUCCUUUCGACGCUACUGUCGGGAUUCUGGACGGGAGGUGUGCCAUUCGGAGCGGAGACCUCGAUCGCCCGUCUCACAUAAACGGCCGGUAUUUCGACGUUCUUGGAACAGCGUCCUGUCUAGUUUGAAGCCAGGCUCAAGUGGGAACAGUUCGCUGCCCAAUUCAGAGCACAAGCGCCAGGGUUCGGAGUAUAGGCUGGCUGGAGACGAGGGGUACCUGGGGGACAAGGAUUUAGACGCCCAGGGUGGCUCCGAUCAAACCACCUCCCUUGCUAGCAGCACCUUGCUGGAGUUUUCGAAUUAUGCGCAUGUAGAGGUCAAGAGACGGGACGCCGGGAUAUCUAAGAAGUACGAGUAUGAAUACUGGUCUACAAAGUACCAGUGGAGACGGGAAUAUCGGAAGGAGGGGGAGCUACGAGAAGUUACCUACCAUCUUGUCAAUACGCGAACGUCCAAGCAGAUCGCUCAUAUUAUUCCCGAAAUCUUGACCCCCAUGGAAGCGAUUGAAGAGAGCAGCAAGGGGGGUUGGGUUCCUCCCUCCUCCAUGUGGAUCAGCGAUGCCUCUGUAUAUGAAAGGAUGUCCGACAUUGCCGAUGUGAUAGUUGUGACCGGACUGAUUGUCCUAGUCGAUGACUGUAUCCGUCGACGCUGGCACUCGCGAAAACAUACUCCACUCUCGCUUCCAAUGCAGGCUUCGAUCACAAAGGGUAUCGAAUCGAUUGGAGCUAGACGCCUCAUUGAUGAAGUGUUCCAUCGAAGAGGGUCUGCCUAG